AAAAUAAAAAAAGUUUUCCACUGGAGUGUCCCUUUAAGUCAUGCGGAAAUAAGGAGCAUCCCUUUAAAUUGCACCUGUGCGCGGAGUCACAGGCAGUUAUCGGCGCGUUAUAUAUAUACGGGAAUAGAGGACUGUCUGUGAUAAUGGCGAGCGGUGUUGCCUACUUUUAUGUGUUUCUGGGAAAGCUGGGUAACAAGAUGGCGUCUGUUUACAGACUUGUGUAGUCGGAAAGUUGAUGAUUUCACCGGCGGGGGGAUUGGAUGUGGUAACAGGAUGUGGCUUUUAUGUCACCUUUAUAGACUGACCGCACAGAAUAUGCAAGGACGCCGUCCCAGAAUGCACUGCAGCCGACAGCGAAGAAGGGACGGUGAUGGAAUGGGAGUGGGGUCUGCACACCCCAUUGUGGCCAGCUGGGGGCGGUGUAUAUAGACAGAUAAAGGUAUACAUUCACUGGCCACUUUAUUGGGUACACCUGCUCCAUUCCUUGGUCACACAAAUAGCCGAUCGGCCAAUCACAUGGCAGCUACUCAAUACAUUUAGGCAUGUAGAUGUGGUCAAGACAACUCGCUGAAAUUCAAAGGGGAUUUAAGUGACCGUAAAUGUGGCAUGGUUGUCGGUGCCACAUGGGCUGAUUUGAGGAUUUCUGGGAUUUUUACUCACAACUAUCUCUAGGGUUUACAGAGACUGGUCCGAAAAAGAGAAAAGAGGCAGUUGUGUGGCGAAAAAUGCCUUGUUGAUGUCAGGGGAGAAUGGGCAGACUGGGUCGAGAUAACAGAAAGGCAACAGGUACUCAAAUAACCACUGGUUAUAACUUAGGUCUGCAGAGUACCAUCUCUGACCGCACACACUAAUAAAGUAGUCAGUGGUUCUCUGGGGUGGUAACACCACAACUCCCAGCAUGCCUUGACAGCCAUGGACAUACUGUAGUAUCAUUGUAUAUCAUCAUCAGUGUUCCCCAACCUGUGGCUCUUGGCUAUUGCAAAACUACAACUCCCAUCAUAGCCACAGGCUGGAGAACACUGAUCUAGAGACGUGUACAGGGGUCUGGAUGGUGGUUGUAAAGCUGCGGUGUUGUCGCAGUGGAUAAGGAUAUAUUCACACAAGUCAUUUACAAUACUGUCUGUAAAAUUGAGGCGGUUUUAACAGAGAUGGCGGUUUAUAUAAUUAUGAAAAUAAUAAUAACAACUCUGAUAAUAACUCUCCCAGUCCUUUAUUUUGUGGUGAUGGCCCCUUUAAGGCUUCCUGUCCCUGGUUACAGUAACUAGGAUGGGGGCGUGGCUAGAGAACAGGAAGUGCUGUGGUUGUAGGAAGCUGUGGAGCAACAUAUGGACCGGAGAAGGAUCAACACCGGGGACGACUCCGACUGGGAAGAGGAGGUGGACGAUGGCACAGCGCCCCCUGUACCCCGUCAGGAGAACCGCUCCCACUGGAGGAACCUGUCCGCCUUCUGGUUACUGGGUCUGUGUAAUAACUUCGCCUACGUGGUGAUGCUGAGCGCCGCACAUGACAUCCUGAAGACCGAGACCAAUCAGACCGCAGCUGUCAACGUGACGAACUCCAGCCGGUAUGAUUGCAACCAGAUCUCCACCGCUGCGGUGCUCCUGGCUGAUAUCCUGCCCACCCUGAUAAUAAAGUUCACUGCUCCCUUCUACAUCCACCAGAUCCCCUACAAUUACAGGGUGUCUCUCUGCAUCAUCACAGCCGCUGCCAGCUUCCUUAUCGUGUCCUUCUCUACACACAUCGCGGUCAGUCUGCUGGGGGUAGUAUUUGCCAGUAUCUCAUCCGGUCUAGGAGAAAUCACAUUCCUCAGCCUCACCGCAUUCUUCUACAGUGAUGUGGUCUCAUGUUGGUCGUCUGGUACUGGGGGUGCGGGGAUCCUGGGUGCCCUUUCUUAUCUUGGUCUCACUGAGGCUGGACUUUCUCCCCGGAGUUCCCUGCUGGUCAUGCUUAUAAUACCGGCCCUGCUCUUUAUAAGUUAUUUUGUCCUCCUUCUCCCCCCGUCCACUCUCCCACAAUGGAAGUUUCCAUCAGGUUACAGUUUAGCAGAUACGUCUGACGAGCGACCCCUUUUAGAUGGACCCUCACCUCGACUGUCAGAGAAGAGGUCUCGGCGGACGAUGGCGCACAAAUGGAAGAUUAUUAAGUCUCUCUUGAAGUAUAUGCUUCCCUUGUCCAUUGUCUACUUUGCUGAAUACUUCAUAAACCAGGGCUUGUACGAGCUGAUUUAUUUUCCGAAUAUCAAGAUGAGCCACUCAACACAAUACCGAUGGUUCCAGAUGCUGUAUCAGGCCGGUGUGUUUUUGUCUCGAUCCUCAGUCCGAUGCUUCAGGAUUAGACACAUCUGGAUUCUCUCUUUACUUCAGUGUGGAAUUGCCACUUUCCUUCUCGUGGGGGUGGCAGAGUUAUUCCUCCCGAGUCUGACGCUGCCAGGCAUCUUCCUUAUUAUCGUAUUUGAGGGUUUGCUCGGGGGCGCCGCCUACGUCAACACUUUCAACAACAUCGCCAUCGAGAGUAAUCCGGAAGAUCAGGAAUUCGCCAUGUCCGUCGCCUGCAUUUCAGACACCUUGGGGAUUUCACUGUCUGGAGCCAUCGCUAUACCUGUUCACAACUACUUCUGUGGCCUCUCGUAAGGCCACGGCUGGUUAAAAAAUAUGUGGCACUUGUACUGACCAAAAAGAGGGUGUUUCAAUAUGGAGGAUCUUCAUCAAACGCUACUAAUGGAGUCUCGCAUAUCGAAGCCGCAACAACUGUGUUACAAUGUAAAGCAUGGCAUGCCAUGAAGGAUGGGGCCGAAUAACUACCAUGUUGCACAGUACAACUUCUCAGACUCUGUUGAAUGUACUUGAUCUUGCAGAGUACAACUUCCAUACAUCGAGUGAUGCUCUUUGUAUCUGUGUUUCAUGCAUAAAGCAAUGGAAGGCCCAAUCAAAUGCAGACACUCCGCCAUAGUAUAGGGGCCUUACCUAGUGGAAUACAAAUAAUGUGAGCACACCUCCUGCAGGCCACACUCAGUAUUGCAGCAGUAUGGCCCUUAGAGCAGUGUUUCCCAACCAGUGUACCUCAAGCUGUUGAAAUAUACAACUCCCAGCAUGCCCGGACAGCCGUUGGUUGUCCAGGCAUGCUGUGAGUUGUAGUUUUGCAACAGCUAGGGGUACAAAGUACCACAUUAAUCAGUCACAUCUCCAAGACUGGUGCAAUAAUUUUUUGCCACCCUAGGAAAAAAGCUAAUUUUACCACCCCCCUUGACACGCCCCACCUUACUACUGGGGUGACACACUGUAACAUAACCCCUCCUCAUGUAAUCAUCUUACUACUGGGGUGACACACUGUAACAAACCUCCUCCCUGUGUAAUCACCUUACUACUGGGGUGACAGUUGAGCAGCUGUCAGGCCUGGAGAAAUGACUCUCUUGCGGAGGGCAGAACAGCACCCCCAUCAAGACGGCAAUCUAGGGGCCGCCUACUUUGCCUAUAGGUGGAGCCGGCCCUGCACGUCUCAUAGAUACCAAUACCCUCACCGAGUCUCCUCUCUGCCAUAUGUAGAAUUUUGUCUUAUUCCAUUCUCAUACUACAAGUGUUGAAUUAGUUAUUUUUGUUAAACUUUGCACAUCUUUUAUUGCAAUAUUUUCCAUCUUUUUGCUCAAUUCUAACAAUCUGUUCUUGUUCCAAAUGUAAAUAUUGUGACUGUUUUGGGGAGAAUUAUAGCUGUGCUGUCUUAUAAUUUAUGAACCAGGGGUAUUUUCUUUGUUGGGGGUAAACAUGUGAUUUCAAAAUAUUAAAAGAAAGUAACACGACAUAUUCUGGUGUAUUCAAUUGGUGUAAGGGUGUAAAUCUCUUCUGGGGCCAGGUCUGGGAUCGUGCUGGAUGAGAAGGGGCAGCCGCACCAGCUCCCUUCCAAUAUAUUCUUUGAUGAUCCCCCAGAUAUAAUCUGUGUCCCCCCUUUUCUGGUAUAAUCUGUGGUGCUUCCACUGGUAUAAUCUUCAAUGCUUCAAGCCCCAGUAUAAUUUGCUACCCCAGGUAUAAUCUCCUCUGAUUACCCCCGAUAGAAUCUGUUGCUCCUUCCCCAGUAUCUCCGGUUCUUCCCCAGUAUAAUCUCUGGUACAUAUUCCUUUUCCAAUGCUCCCCUCAGUAUGCAUAAUCUCCAGUACUCUCCUCGGUGUAAUCUCCUCGAUAUAGUCUCCAGUGCUUCCCCUCAGUAUAAUCUCUGGUGCUCCCC